GCACAGCUUGUUAGUUAGCAGAUGCUAGCUAGUCAAAACAAAAAAAACUUUGUCAAACUAUACAGUCGCAAAAACCCAGUGAAACAUUGUUUGACAACUUUUUGCUGGCUGCAGAACCGAGUUGACUCCAGCGGUCAUGGGGGUAGCACUGACAAGAGCAGCCCAAUGGACCACCGCAAGCUCUGGAACAGGCAAGCUGGAGAUCACCCCGCAGAACGAGUCCCUCCUGAAAGAGAUCCAGCGCUUCGUGGAACAGUUCAGCGCCAGACACCCUCAGGAGGCGAAGCAUGUGUUUAAGGAGCCGCUACAGUGGAAAACGUCUUUGGAGGCUUCUGAUUUCAAAACAGAGUAUGACAUCAGUGGCGCGUCAGUGGUGUCUCAUGAGAAGGACGGGAGUGGCCGUCCUCUGCUGCACCUGUCCCCCCCACUCGUCUCCGUGCUCAGCUUCAGCCAGCUCUCCAAGCUCCUGCAGGUGGCCAAGGAGCGGAAACUUAAGGAGCUGCGCGCCUGUCUGGAAGCCAAUAGAGAUCCAGCGGUGCGGAUUCUGGGCCCCAGCUUUGCCACGGUGGAGGGGGAGGACUCGUCGGUGCUGCGUCUGCUGGAGAAGGUCAGAGGUGGCGACCCCGGCGGGGAGACGGAGACCCAGGUCAAGCUGCUGGUGCUCCUGCAGCAGCUGGACACACAGCUCCUCAGCACCUCCCUCAAGCAGAUCAGCCAAGAGGUUCGUCUGAGUCCUGCUGCCGUGAAGAAUGAGGUGGAGCUGCUCAAGAGCUUCUGUGGCUCAGGAGAGAAGAGGCUGCUCAAGUCUGUUAACUACACAUCAGAUUAUGAGUUCAGUAAUGGCUGCCGCUCGCCCCCCUGGAGGCAGGUGCAUGGAGAGAUCUGCUACCUCAUCGUGGAGCCCUGCGACACGGACACGCUCUACAUCACCUGCUGCACCGCCGGAGUCUUCCUUAACGGGGGAAUUAAGCAGGAGGGAGAGGAGAGCGCUUACGACAGGAGCGGCGACGUCUACAAAGACCUGGUCUCGCUGCUGAAGGCCCACUCCGUGCACUUCGCCGAGCAGAUCAACACACAGGAUUUUGCAGUUCAAGAAGAGCCUCCAUCAACACAGAAGAUCCCACAUGUGGAAUCGGUUGAUGCGGAGGAGCCGGGCCAAACCCCGCGCGCUUACGAGCACCAGGAGAAGAAUGCGCACGACAGGGCCAGACAGCAGCAGCUCGCGGCCAGCAAGCCAGGCGGCAAGAAGAAACUGGAGCCCUCGCCCAAGUGGAAGGGCCUGGGUCUGCCCUCACCCCAACCGGAGGCGGCGGCGGAGAAGAAAAAGGGAAAGAGAACUGAGAAGUCGAGCGAGAAGAGUGCCGAGAGCCAGGCCAAAGCCACCAGGCCCGACAGCAGGAAGAAAGCGGACUUUUCCGGAUCCUCGCUGCCUGGACACCCGUCGAGUCACAGAACUAAGGUUGUGGUGGAGGAGUUCAGCGAGAGCUCAUCUGAGAGUGGUGAGGACGAGGAGCAGCCAGAGAGGAGGCCCGAGAGCAACACCGACCUGCCCUCAGAGUACUGGCAGAUCCAGAAACUGGUCAAAUACCUCAAGGGGGGGAACCAGACGGCCACGGUGAUCGCGCUGUGCUCCAUGCGGGACUUCAACCUGGCCCAGGAGACCUGCCAGCUGGCCAUCAGAGACGUGGGCGGCCUGGAGGUCCUCAUCAACCUGCUGGCCACCGAGGAGAUCAAAUGCAAAAUUGGCUCUCUGAAGAUCCUGAAGGAGAUCAGCCAGAACUCUCAGAUCCGGCGGGCGAUCGCUGACCUCGGGGGGCUGCAGACCAUGGUGUGCAUCCUGGACUCCCCCGACAAGGAGCUCAAGUGUCUGUCGGCCGAGACCAUCGCCAACGUGGCCAAGUUCAGAAGGGCCCGCAGGACCGUCAGACAGCACGGGGGCAUCAAGAGGCUGGUGGAGCUGCUGGACUGCGUGCCGGACUCUGCGGCGCUGACGGUGGAGCAGGAGCGUGAGGUGGAGGUGGCGCGCUGCGGGGCCCUGGCCCUCUGGAGCUGCAGCAAGAGCACGCGCAACAAGGAGGCCAUCCGCCGCGCCGGGGGCAUCCCGCUGCUCGCCCGCCUCCUCAAGUCGCCCCACGAGAACAUGCUCAUCCCCGUGGUGGGCACCCUGCAGGAGUGCGCCUCCGAGAAGAGCUACCGUGUGGCCAUCCAGACAGAGGGCAUGGUUGAGGAUCUGGUGAAGAACCUGAGCUGUGACAACCAGGAGCUGCAGAUGCACUGUGCUAGCGCCAUCUUCAAGUGUGCGGAAGACAAGCGCACGCGUGACCUGGUGCGCCACUACGCGGGCCUGCAGCCGCUGGUGAGUCUGCUGAGCGAGUCGGAGAACAAGCAGCUGCUGGCCGCCACCACCGGAGCCAUCUGGAAGUGCUCCAUUAGCAUGGAGAACGUGGCCAUGUUCCAGGAGUAUAAGGCUCUGGAGAUUCUGGUGGGGCUGCUGACCAACCAGCCCGAGGAGGUGCUGGUCAACGUGGUGGGCGCCCUGGGGGAGUGUGCCCAGCAGCCUGCCAACCGCACCACCAUACGCAAGAGCGGGGGCAUCCCGCCGCUGGUCAACCUGCUGACCGGCACAAACCAGGCGCUGCUGGUCAACGUCACUCGCGCCGUGGGAGCGUGUGCCACUGAGCCGGAGAACAUGGCGAUCAUCGAUCGUCUGGACGGAGUGCGUUUGCUCUGGUCUCUGCUGAAGAACCCCAACCCAGAUGUGCAGGCCAGCGCUGCCUGGGCCAUCUGCCCCUGCAUAGAGAACGCCAAGGAUGCAGGGGAAAUGGUGCGCUCCUUUGUCGGUGGCUUGGAACUGAUUGUUAAUCUGCUCAAGUCCAACAACGGAGAGGUGCUGGCCAGCGUGUGUGCCGCGAUCGCCAACAUCGCCAAAGACGAGGAGAACCUGGCAGUCAUCACUGACCACGGAGUCGUGCCCAUGCUGGCCAAACUCACCAACACAACGGACGAUAAGCUGCGGCGGCACCUGGCGGAGGCCAUCGCGCGCUGCUGCAUGUGGGGCAGUAACCGGGUGGCGCUGGGCGAGGCGGGUGCCGUGGCCCCCCUGGUGCGCUACCUGCGCAGCAAAGAGCCCUCCGUCCACCAGGCCACCGCACAGGCCCUCUUCCAGCUCUCCAAGGACCCCGACAACUGCAUCACCAUGCACGAGAACGCCGUGGUCAAGCUGCUGAUUGAGAUGAUGGGCUCUACUGAUGAAGUCCUGCAGGAGGCAUCGGCUGGCUGUGUGGCCAACAUCCGUCGUCUGGCUCUGGCCAAUGAGAAGGCCCGCUACAGCUAAACCAGCGCCACAGCACUGAGCCACAGCAGAGAAACAAACAAAGCAAAAGUAGAGAACGCA